AUGACCAGUUAUGUUUUAUCUUGGGUUAUUAUAGUAGUAUGUCACAAUGUUGUCACAAGUCUGGAUGCUGUAAGUUUUUUUACUAUUUAUUACUAUUAUAUCAUGAGGUUUAACUAUAAGAACUAAUACUAUUGAAUAUUGAGGUUUAACUAUUACGUAAUAACUAAAUUAUAAAUUUUUAAAUUAGUUUUUCAAAAUUUUGUUUGUUUUUCAGACAGAAUACCUCAAAAACUUCGGUUACCUACCAAAAGAUCAGCCAGGCCAACCUCAAGCCAUGUUAUCUCCAAACAGUCUGAAGACGGCCAUAAAAGAACUACAGAGGAUUGGAGGCAUCAGACAGACAGGAGAGAUGGACGACCGAACUCAGGAGCUUCUGAAUGAGAAACGGUGUGGGAUUGGGGAUGAAGAGAUCGUCAGAAGUGGCAGAAGAAGGAUCAAGAGGAAACUCAAGAACGCAAUAGUUUGGCCUAACAAGACCAUUACUUACCGGUAAUUUUGGGCUUGGUCUGCUUAUAUUGGAUAUUUAAUGGUAGCCCGCUGAUCUUGACUUUUGAGGGCCUGGAGGGGGGGGAGGGAGGAGAGCAAAAAUUUUUUAAUCAAAGGGAACGCGUUCAAAUACCUUACCUUAGCCUACUCUUUACUUUGCCUUACCUUACCUUACCCUACCCUGCUCUAUCCUGCCUUACUGUGCCCUGCUGUACCCAUUCCAGUCCUGCCUUGCUGUACUCUACCUUUUCUAGUAUCCUCUCAACAAGCAGCUACAGUAUCUUUUGAUAAAAAUUUUCUGAGAAAAUGCAAAUUUAAGUGGAAUUUGGUCUUAUGGAUAAUAUUCAGUAAUUUUCGCACAGAUCUUGGUCGUUUAAAGUGGGCGGAUAAAUUGAUCGGAAACAUUACAACAGACCCUACUGUUUAUUCGAUUUCAUUUCGAAUUUAAAAUCUUUGUACGUAUUUUGUUUUGUUUCUCUGCAACAUUACUUUGGUUAACAGUUAGACUUGAAAGUAGUACUAAUGGUUUUUGAAAGUAUUACUAUGGUAUUACAAAAUUUUUUAUGUGCUAUUACCAUUAGGAUUACUUAAAGCAUGGUAACUAAAAUAUGGCCAAACUUACUGUACGUUCAGAUAGUUUACUCAUUAGAUUGUCUGAUUAGUUUUUUAGGAAUCACAACCUAAAUGAGUAGACCAUCUGGGUGUUACAGUAAUAUGAUUUUAAUGCGCGGGCUAGUUUCUUCGUAUUUUGCUCAUUUUUUAAUAAAUGAAAACCUUGUAUAAUUACAGUAUUAUGCUUAAAUUAUUGUGCUUUACAGUAAUACUUUGGGUGGCAAAAAAUAAUGUCAUAUUCUGACUUUAAACUUCGUAUUUUACUUAUAUACUUUUGAAUUUUUGGACCAAACUCAAAUCUAAAGUGGCAGUAAAUGAACAUGACUAUAAGAUACUUAAAUAUUAGCCUAAGCUAAAACUUAUUAUUUAAUAUUAGUCUAAAAUAAAAUUUUUAAACUAAAUUUUUACAGUGUAGUAAACGCACCUCGCACCAUCCCAGAGAAAGGCUAUGUCCGCCGUGCCUUGUACGAAGCCACAAAGAUCUGGAACGGCGUCUCAGAGCUCUCUCUUCAAGAAUCGGCUUCUCCAGAUUCUCACAUUCAGAUCCAGUUUCUGGCUGGACCUCACGGUGAUGGUUACCCAUUUGAUGGUCGAGACUCCAUUCUGGCCCACGCCUUUUAUCCAGGCGAAUCUCAAGGUGGAGAUGUUCACUUUGACGACGAUGAGAAUUGGGGAUUUAUGGCGAAUCCGGUAAAUAAGGAGAUCAACUUGAGGGUGGUGGCUGCUCAUGAGGUCGGGCAUAGUUUGGGACUGUUCCAUUCUGAUCAUCCUGAUAGCAUCAUGUAUCCGUAUUAUAGGUAUGAUGAUAGUAGAGAGAUUAGGCUGCAUUAUUAUGACAAGGUGACACUUCAGAGGCUUUAUGGUAAGGUUUUGAGCAUACACAUAGUAGAAUAAAGCAAUAUUUCAUGAGUUUUUGAUUAUUUUCAGCGGUUUUUACUGUGUUUUGUCUAGUUUUUUGGAUAAAUGAAUAAGGUUUGAUAUUGUUAUAGGCCGAGGAGACUAUCCAGUGCCAUCUCCAAAUGAUUACAAGCCAAGGACAACACAAAAGCCUACUACAACAACAUCAAGGACCAGGGCGACACGAAUUGAAACGACGACAAAACCUCCGAAUAAAGAGAUUGACUUAUGUGAUACUGAUGUAGAUGCUGUUGGAGUGUUUAGAUCGGAAAUAUUCUUGUUCAAAGGGGAUGUUUUUUGGAGAUUGGAUCAGAAAGGUAGUGUUAAUACUAAAAUAUUAUGGUAGUAAGUCAUAUAAAUUUAGACCUUUUUAUUUUUGCAAAUUUGAAAUUUAAUAUUAAAUUUAAACACAGACGUUUACUUAAUGGUCGUAUUUUACAUUAAAAAUAUUAAGGAGAAUUGGUCGAAAAACCUCGGAAAAUAGUCGAUUUCUGGCCAUCUUUACCUACUCCAGUCGACGCUUGCUUUGAAAUCAACGACCAAGCUCAUUUCUUUGUUGGUCAGACCAUCUACUCGUUUUAUGGCCAUGAACUCAACUAUACUCGACGAUUAUUCGAUAUUGGUAUACCAGAAAAUGUGAAGAAUAUUAGACUUGCUUACGAAUGGGUUUACGGUCUUCAAACACGAUAUUAUCUAUGGGGAGAUGAAGAAUAUUGGAAGUUGGAUGAGACUAGUUGGAAGGUUGAGGUUGAUUAUCCAAGGAAGAUUGAUGACAAUUGGAAGAACAUACCACAAAGCGUGUCAGCGGCGUUUUCGUGGGAUAAAAGUAAGUACCUUAUACUAGGCUUAUCUUAUUUUGCCUUGCCUUGCCUUGCCUUGCCUUGCCUUGCCUUGCCUUGCCUUGCCUUGCCUUGCCUUGCCUUGCCUUGCCUUGCCUUGCCUUGCCUUGCCUUGCCUUGCCUUGCCUUGCCUUGCCUUGCCUUGCCUUGCCUUGCCUUGCCUUGCCUUGCCUUGCCUUGCCUUGCCUUGCCUUGCCUUGCCUUGCCUUGCCCUGCCUUGCCCUGCCUUGCCUUGCCUUGCCUUGCCUUGCCUUGCUUUACCCUACCUUUUCUAGACUAGGCUUUUAUAACCCUUUUCUUGAUAUUACCUUACUUUUUAACAUCAAUACUAUUUUCAGGCCUGUACUUCGUUGGCAAUGGUGAGAUGUUCAAGUUCAGUUCGUUCAAGAUGAGUGUAGCUCCAGAUUACCCACAAUCUUUUCGAAAUGUUUUUAAGUUCUGUAUGCCCAAAGCUGAAGCAUUAGUCAGUAAUUCAUCAACUUUACAUGUUCUCAAGUUACUUUACAUUGUAAAUAUGAUCUGUGUAUAUUUUAUUGCAUUGUUGUAG